AUGUUCUUCCUAUACAUGUGGCGCCACGCCGGCAUCCCCUUCUCCGAUCUAAUCUUCGCCUUCGAGAACUACGGCGAGGGUUUCCACGGAUACACCGCAGCCGAAUUAAACCACUUCGUCGCCGUAGGCCAGUCCGUCUACUUCGUCACCCUGGUCAUCAUGCAAUGGGGCAACGUCUUGUCUGUCCGCAGCAAGCGCAUGUCCCUCCUCCAAGCCGACCCCAUCCGUCCAGCCCGUCGGAACGUCUGGCUCCCUCUGUCUAUCCUCAUUUCCCUGGUCAUCGCUAUCUUCGUCACGGAAGUACCAGGUAUCCAAAAUAUCUUCUCUACAGCCUCAGUGCCCAUUGAGUUCUGGUGCAUCCCGCUUGGUCUGGGAAUGGGUGUGCUAUGUAUGGAUGAGCUCCGCAAGGUCCUCGUCAGAUUGUUCCCCAAGGGACCUAUCGCCUGGAUUUCAUGGUAA